CCUCUCCCCAAACAAACCCAGCACUCCAUUCCCAUUCCUCUGUUGGAUUUUUCCUGUUGAUUUGCAAAAUAAAUAUGGAAAAGUAGAGUAUUAGAAAAUGAGACCAUUUAGAUUUUAGUCAAAUCUAAAAUUAUGUGUAUGGGUUUGUUUUAUGUAUGUUGAUGUUUAUCUCUGAAAAUUGAUAGUAUUAGAGCAUCAAACCACAACUCAUGUCUGAAUUUCUCUUUGUUAGGGCAUGGCAGAGCAGGGGACUCAGUUACCACAAACCUUCAGGGCCCUCAAAGGAAGGCCAAUGGAGCAUCCUCUAGCUGUGCGGGGUGUCAAGAAAUAUUAUAAUGCCAGCACCUUGAAGAAGAAAAAUCUCAGAUUUCCUCCUACUGGUGAGACCUCAGACAGUGGUAAAAGACUGAAUCCCAUGGAAAAUUGUGAAGCACUGAUAGAUAAAAAGAUCAUUUCUGGAAAAAUAAAAGAGAAGGAUUGCUUCCCUUCUGGAACACCCGCACUGAACACCAAGGGGUCAGAACCAUCAGCAGUAGUAACAGAGGAAGAUGAUGGUGAUGAUGGAGAGGUGCAGCCUGUCAUUGCCCCACGACCAGAUCAUACAAAACCAGAUUGUCGACAGUGGUGCCAAGUCUUCAGACAAACAGAAGAAGAAUACAAAUUUGACUGA